AUGGACUUUGCCACAAGAAGAUGGUUCUGCCUACCACUGGGGUGCAUGGUGCUCAUCAAUCUGGUUAAUGCCGAUUUUGAGUUUCAAAAGGGAGUGCUUGCCAGUGCCAGCCCAGGGAUCACGGAAGACAUUGAUCUCCAGUGCUGGAAUGCUUGCUCUUUGACUUUGAUAAAUUUCAGGGAACUCAAGAUAGAAUACAAUGUGGAUGCCUUCUGGAAUUUCAUGUUGUUCUUGCAGAAAUUCCAGCGUCCUAGACAUUACAAUGUCUUCUUAAGCAUAGCUCAGGAUUUCUGGGACAUGUAUGUAGACUGCUUGCUUUCAAGAUCUCAUGGACUGGGCAGAAGACAGGUGAUGCCUCUUAAGUAUAAUUUUCCACAGAAGAUAACAGGAGGUAAUUUAAAUGUGUAUUUAAGAGAAUAA